UGUAGAAGCAGGUUGGAAUUUUGAUUCUGAAGAUUCUGAGGUGACUGAAGUUUCCUUGCUGCGCUGCAUCUUCUCAUCAGUCAUUUGAUCCUUCAUUUCAAGAGUUUUGGUGACCAUCUGCUGACCCUGCAAAACCUCUGAAUCAAUGGCAGACAAUUCCUCAGAAGAAGAGAAAAAACCAACUAAGGUGUUCAAUGAUCCCGUUCAUGGCACUAUUGAGCUGCAUCCAAUCCUUGUCAAAAUCAUCGACACUCCUCAGUUUCAGCGACUUCGAAACAUCAAACAGCUUGGUGGAUUAUACUAUGUUUAUCCUGGAGCGUCCCACAACCGCUUUGAACACAGCAUUGGGGUGGCACAUUUGGCUGGAGAACUUCUUCAGACUCUCAAACGGAAUCAGCCAAAUCUUGGAAUUGAUGAGAGAGACAUCCUUUGUGUGCAGAUUGCUGGACUUUGCCAUGACCUGGGACAUGGACCAUUUUCCCACAUGUUUGAUCAAAUGUUUAUACCCAGAGCACAUAAACUUAAAAGGAGGGAGGAAGCCGGAGAACCCGGAGAGAACCCACGCAUGCACAGGGAGAACAUGCAAACUCCCGGCCGGGAAUCGAACCCAGAACCUUCUUGCUGCAAGCAUGAGGAGGCAUCUCAAAAAAUGUUUGACCAUAUGGUGAAAGAAAAUCACUUGACAGCAGUCAUGGAGGACCACGGCCUGGUGCCACAAGAGGACCUGCCCUUUAUAAGGGAGCUGAUCGAUCCUCCAAAGAUUGCUGAGUGGCCACACCAUGGCCGUCCUAGAGAGAAGGCCUUCCUCUACGAAGUUGUGUCCAACACAAGGAACAAGAUUGAUGUGGAUAAGUGGGAAUAUUUUGCUAGGGACUGCCAUCAACUGGGUAUGCAGAACAGCUUUGACUGCCAUCGCUUGAUUAAAUUUGCCAGAGUGUGUAAAGUGGAUGCGAGAGACUCGCAAUCUGUCCAGGGUGAACCCCGCCUCUCGCCCGGAAUGCAGCUGGAGAAAGACACCAGCAACCCUCCCGACCCCAUUAGGGAAGAAGGGUGUACAGACAAUGGGAUGAAUCAGAUCUGUUACAGAGACAAGGAGGUGGGCAAUCUGUACGACAUGUUCCACACAAGGUUCUCUUUGCACAAAAGAGCCUACCAGCACAAAGUGGGCAAGAGCAUAGAGUGGAUGAUCACAGAUGCUUUUCUGAAAGCAGAUGGACACAUCAAGAUUGAAGGCAAGAAUGGGAAGAUGCUCAAACUCUCCGAAGCUAUUGAUGACAUGGUGGCGUAUACUAAGCUGACAGAUACUGUAUUUGAUGUGAUAUUGAACUCCACCGAUGUGAAUCUUCAGGAGGCACGGAAAAUACUGGAAAGGAUAAUGCAAAGAAACCUCUAUGUGUGUCUGGGGGAAUUGUCACUAGAAGAGAAUGUGGAUGAUAUGGAAGAUAUGGAAGAAAUGAAAGAAAUGAAGAAUCUGUGGAACAGGCAGCCCGGAGGGGGAAACCCGGACGAUUAUGUUCUGACUUCAGUCACUUAUAACUAUGGAAUGAAGAAAAAAGACCCCAUAAAACGCGUGAGGUUCUACAAUAAGCAAAACCCAGAUGUAGCCUUUCGUAUCAGGAGAACUCAGGUAUCUUUACUUCUCCCACGGUGGUUUGAAGAGAAGAAGUUUAGAAUCUACACUAAGAGAACAAAUGAUGACGAUGUGCAGGCUGACAGAGACCGCUAUAACGCAUUUCUGCUCGCACAACCAGCUCAACACUGAGGAAGUAAUCAUGGCACCGGUUCUGAAGCCUCUGAAACCAGGUUGGAAUAACCACAGAACUUGAAAGAAAGAAAUAUUAUUCUUGUCAAUAAGUAUAACCAUUCAUACAUUUAAAUGGGUUUGUAAAAGUGCAGACAAACUGUUUUUGCAUUUAAAAAGGCUUAAAAGUUAAUCUUAUGUGGGUUUAUUUUUUCUUAAAGGUGAAGGUUUUGAUUAACAUAGACAAUAUUUACAUAUCAAGAAAUACAGUCAAAAAGAUACAUUUGAAACUUUAUUAAAAUAUUUGAUUUGUCAUUUGUGAUUAUUUUUGUUCUUUUUUGGUGUUUGGUAUGUGGGUAUUUGAUUUAUUAGUUUUAUUCAUACUUAAUCAAUUAGUUUUGGUAAAUUAUGUUUGUUGUCAUCACCUUCCAGGUCUGUUGACAUUACAAAUAUGUCUUUGGGUGUCAUUUAAAUACAAUAUUAUUCUUGACUAAAUGUGUAAUAGUGCCAUUCAAUCUGGACUUGAAUGUGUAAAAUUUUCUCAGGAGUGGUGAGAAUGUAAUCAUUUUAACAAACUUGUUUUAAAAUAAAUUGUGAGAUGUCA